AUGUGGAACGACGAGGAUAACAACCCCUAUGGCACCAGCUUCGCCCGAGCUGACUUGUCGCCGACCGGCAAUCCAUCAUCCCCAGAAUCAACAGGAUAUCCUAGAUACGAUGUACCCGCCACCCCGACAUCGACGACCGAUAGCGAACCGCCGAGCGCUGCGUUCGGAACGCAUGAUGAUAGCGACGAAGAGGACGCGGCUCGGGAACGCGGGGAGCUAGUUCCUCGGAGGAAACCCGGAGGCUACGAUAGUCGCAUCGAGCAGAUACUUUACGAGAACCCCGAGCUGCCCAUCCUCAUCACAGACGCUGGAAAGAGCCCAGAGAACGGCGGUCGUUAUAUUGUGUAUACCAUCAGAACUGAUGAUCUUGAGGUCCGGCGGCGAUACUCUGAAUUUGCGUCACUUAGGGAUGCUCUAACUAGGUUACAUCCGACACUCGUCAUUCCGCCCAUUCCAGAGAAGCACACGAUGGCCGACUACGCAGCGAACCCUACCAACGCCAAGCAAGACCAGCAGAUUAUCGACCUACGCAAGAGGAUGUUGGCCGUGUUUCUUAACAGAUGCCGGAGGAUGGAACAAGUGAGGACGGACGGUGUCUGGUGGAGGUUCCUGGACCCUAAUGCCAGCUGGAGCGAGGUUCUUCACUCUCACCCGAUUUCGUCUAUCCCCAAGUCUGUCCUUAAGGCUCCCCCUCUCGAUACUGCCAACCCUACCCCCGCUCACAACUACCUCCCGGUACCCGCCGGCUCCGCUAAGUUGAAGACUUCCUCGAACGCUACCCCUACGCAGGAUGUUGACCCCUACUCUGGAGGCGCGCUCACUCGCUUCCCCCCCGAGAACAAGAAGCUCAGCGAACAAGAGCUAGAUCCCUACUUCAUCUCUUUCGAGGCUUCUAUCAAAGAGCUCGAGCAACUUCUUACAGGUCCCAUUGAAAAGGUCAACCGAAGGACCCUCAGCCACCUCUCGUCCCUGGCAGCAGAUCUUUGCGAGCUUGGCUCUCGGUACAACGCCUUUGCGCUGUCAGAACAAUCGCCGACCCUAGGCGCGGCGAUCGAGCGUAUCGGCCAGGCCGCGGAUUCGUCGUACAUUGCGACCGAAGAGUUGUCCAGUUCUCUGGGUGCCAGCUUCGCGGAGCCGAUGCGGGAGAAUGCGCAGUUUGCCGGUGUCGUCAAGAGCGUCCUGAGAUACCGGGUUCUCAAACGCGUCCAGCAGGAGAUGACGAACGAGGACCUCAACAAGAAGAAAGCUCUGUUGGACCAGCUCGAGCACAGCGAGGCCGAAGCUCGAAGAAUCGAUCAGUACCUCAGCGGCAGCCAGACAAUCUCCUCUCCGCCUAGGAGGACCUCGGCAGCUCCAGAGCCCGUGUCGCGACACCAAAGAGACGGAAGCCAGGAUGAUGCGGAAUCGUUCGACUCCGACUUCCCACCCACUCACGGCGUCGGAUCAGUCCCGUCAGCAAGACAGGGCGUUCCAGAGCGGACCCCCAAUACUCCCGUGCACAGGAAGAUGCCUAGCGGCAACUCUAUCACGAACAAGAUCUUCGGACCCAUCCGCCAUGCUAUCCAAGGCGUGGCCGACGUUGACCCCGAGAGGACGCGUCGCGAUCUUAUUAGCAAGACGAGGGAGAGCAUUGAACAGCUUGAGCAAGCACAGGUGGCGUCUGCGCAGGAUGUUAAGGAUGCGAGCGCGAGUACUUUGCAGGACCUCAAGAGGUUCCAGCGCGAGAAGGAGGAUGACCUCCGGCGGUAUAUGCUCGCCUAUGCGCGGAGCCAAAUCGAAUGGGCGAAGAAGAACAAGGAGACGUGGGAAGAGGCACGGGCCGAGGUUGACAAGAUUGAGGUAGACUAG